GCUCGCGUUUCAAUAGCGUGCCGGCGAUACGCGUGCAGAAGAUUUGUGAGGAAGAAAGGCAAAUUUGCUGAUAUAUUGCAAAAAAUUGCGCGAAAGACAAAAGAAUGGCAGAUGCAAACGAAGCUGCCAGCAACAUACAGGUGGACCCGGUCGUGGUGGACCGGCUGCUGCUACAGGGUGCCACCCUGGUGUUUCUGGACGUGCCGCCCGGCACCGAGUUUGGCCUGGACAUGUCCACAAACGUGGUCGGGGACAAGUUUCGUGGCGUCAAGCUGAUCCCUGCAGGCUUGCACUUUGUGCACUACAGUGCUGUGAGCAAGACUGGCACAGCAGCACCCCGCACUGGCUUCUUCCACUACUUUGAGAAAGGCGAGAUGCUUGUCAAGAAGUGGGACAAAGCCACCGAGGAUAUAUCAUCGGAGCCAGUGGAAAGGGAGGAGGUGGAACGCCUGCGCUUAAACUUGAGGGGUGACCUGGAUCAGUACCUGGCUGUGUUUGCGUACACCGAGUGGCGUCGCUGGAUAUCCCUGACGAAGCACGUCACCCGGGAGGUGCUGGAGCGGCUGCAGCCAGAGAGGAGCGUCAUCUACUCGGCCACACCGUUUGAGCCGCUCAACUUCUGCUCACGGCGAGGUGGUGACCUGGCCUCCAUCGACUCGAGGGGGGACUGUGGCGAGGACAUCAGGCUCUCAGAGAGGGCCAAGGAACUCCUGGAGCUGAAGGAAGUGCCUGAGUGCAGGAUACGCUACACGGAGAUACCAAAGAAGAGGCACCCGAGCGAUGCGACACCGGCAGAGAUCACCAAACAUGGUAUGGACUCGAGCUAUGUCCUGGAGCAGCUGCUAGCUUCCUGGCCACACAAGGAGGACCUGCUCGGUGAACUGCAGUUUGUGUUCGUCUGCUUUCUGGUGGGGCACGUGUAUCCGUGCUUUGAGCAGUGGCAGAAACUGGUGCGCAUCUUCUGCACCAGCUGCGAGGCCAUCGACCGGCACCCCGAUCUCUUCAGUGACCUGGUCUCCGUGCUGCACUUCCAGCUGCGCGAGGUUCCUUGUGACUUUUUUGUCGACAUCGUGUCCAGGAAGAACUUUCUGACAGAGGCCCUGGCCGCACUCUUUCAAAACAUCGCCGAGUCGAGUCUGCCCGAUGAUUCCCCGACCACUUUGAAGAUGAAGGCCAACCGCUUCAAGAUAAGCCUCACCAAGUUGAUGGGCUGGAGCUUUGAGGAAGAGGUGCCCGAGGAAGAGCGUCCCGUUGUGGUGGAAUUGGCUGAUGGUAACUGAGAUGUGUUGCUGUGACUGCAGCAGGGGUGAGGGGGGUGGGCAAUUUCGGGAAGCUUCAGAAUGAAUGGACUUUAAAACAUGCCAAUUCUGGAAAAGAAAAGCUAUCAACAGUCUGUGUUCUGUGUUACUUUCUUGUAAUGCUGGCCUCACUGCCCAUUAGUGUCAUGGUGGUGAUGCAGAAAUGACGGACCACCUCGUGGGACAAGUGUCCUGCGUCAUUUUUACGCUACCACUACGACAAUACUUUAUGAACUAAACGAGUGCCUAUCAGUAACGUGUAACUGCUCCUUAGAAAAUGGAGUGCUAUGUAAUCACUACCAAAAUUGACUCGAAUGGGCAGUCCAAUGUUACCAAAUAUGAAUGCUUUAAGCCUUUUUGCAACUAUGCGACAAACAUUUGCGACCUAAGUACACUGCAAGUCAUCUUGUCUCUAUUUCGUGUGCUGGACACUCUGGCUAAAACUUUUUAAGGUGCUACCUGGCAGAAGUAGCCUUAAAUUUUUCUACACUGGUAGCACAUUUUUAGUGUGUAGAUGUGAAACUCUUUGGUGGCGAUUCACUUGAUUGAGGCCAUUACGAGUGAGUUUAAUCAUUGGCUGUAUGUGUCUGGUACGUGAUAGAGAUGACAUGCUUUUAUGCAAAACAGGGGUUUCCUGACAGGAAACCUCUCUUAUAGCAUAUCAGAAAUACAAUUUGGACACUGAGGCAUUCUCGAAAAAAAGUAUUACAUUCUGAUAACUGCAUAAGAAAUACUUUCUCAAAAAUGUGUUAUGAAGGAUGCGGGCUAUUGAAUGCAAAUUGGAAGUAUUGUUACUUUUAAAAUAAUUACUGUGCAGAACAAGUGUCAAAAUUGUGUCGUGGUGAUUGUGUAGCUGUCUUUUCAUUGAUUCUGUUGUAAAUACGAAAUUCAGAGUUGGGCAGUCACCAUUCUUACAGGCUGCUGAUGCAUUUGUGUGUUGUCAGACAUUGAAUGUGAAAGUUCGAGAGCUCAUUUACAACUGUGUUCCCAUUAUUUUACUUUUUCACCUUGCCAAAAAAAAAAGAGUUUUACUACACAGUAAAGCAUUGUGUGGAAUUUUCACCUUAAUCUGUUGUAGUGGUAGUACACAAAUAAGUGCCUUCCAUCUAUCUGCGAAUGUGUGCUACCAGAAGAGCUAUUUUUCUCUCUAACUCUUAUGUGCAGUUUGAAGAAGCAACUUUCUUAUUACUGGUGUGCUAUGCGAAAUUUUUUAAUGGUGGGACCAUGUACAAAGUAGAAAUAUUUAUGCAGUGUACAUUGAUUGCAUGUGUUUAAUUGAGAAGUGUAUAUAAGUUGAUUUUGUAUUAUGUUGACAUCUCAUCUGCAGUGAUCAUUGAGUAUAUUGAAAAGGGAUUUCUCAGUUAUUGCUAGUCAACGCUUUUGUCAACUUUGUGUUGUGUGCAGUUCAGUGGUUUGUCUGCGUUGUUGCAGUCUUAUUUCACAAUAGAGUUGCUGUGAUAGUUGCUUCCACGUUGCGGGCAUAAGCCCAAGUGUAGGUACACAUGACCCACCAGUGUACAUCGGCAGGCCAGUGAACGUUAGGCCAGGAUUUCUAAAAUAUUGGUCUAAUGCUGACCAUAUGUGUACACUCAGUGUUUCCACCAUCUUAAUGCAAUAAAGCAUGUUUGUUCACUUCUAA